AGUUACAAUUUACAAAUGACAUGUCUGGUCUUUCGGCAUGAAUAUAUGAACGACAUGUCGUUGAAAUAAAAAAAAAAGAACUCAACUUACAAGUUACGGACAGCGUCACAACCAGCAUCCUGAAAUGGCUAAAAGACUCAGCCCGCAACUCUUCGUCAGCCGGUUGUCUUUUUAUACAACCAAUCAAGAACUAAAGAGAUUGUUUUCGCGAUUUGGCGUUGUUACGGAAGCGAGGAUGAUAUUAGAUCCAAAAACUCAAAGGCCGAAAGGGUUCGGUUUUGUCUCUUUUGAAUCAGAGGUUGAGGCGCAGAAAGCGUUAAAGGCUAUGAACGGCAGGGUAAUUCUCAAACUCUUGCAUGAUGUCCUAUCAUAUUUUUGUUUUAUCAAGAAAGAAAGCAUGCCCCAUCAGUCUUCAGAGACUUCAUUAGUCUUCAGAUUAUGAAGUGAUUCAAGAAAAUGGUGGGCUAUUGACCAUUUACCUUAUAAGAAAGUAUCUGUCUCAGUUUGUGGGUGACAGCAACAGGAAGGAAUGCAUAUCUUUAGCACUGAUUAAAUUAUGCCAAGUAUUGUUGAACGCUUUUGGCUUUAAGUAUUCACUUUUUCAGUUUCAUUCGGAAAUGGAGAGUACUGCUUUGAAAGGGUAGUAGUGUUAUCAAUGUUUACGCCUCUGCGUAUAAAAAGUGUUUUAUAGUCGUCAAAAGUACAAGGCAUCCUAUGCUUCAGAAUACCAAAGUUAAAUAAAUGGUUUUUCCGACUCUUGUCAACCAUUCUUGGUAAAUUUUAAUUUAGAUGAGUCAUCUUGUCAGAAUAAAUGGUUUAUAUGUUGUCUCCUUCAGUAAUUAAACCAUUGUAACAGGCAAAUUUGUUCAAGCCUGAACCUUUUAACUGAUAUUGAUGUUAAAAGUUCCUGACCUAA